AUGCCAGACACCAACAAAGAUGCGGCUGCAGCAGGUGCAGGAGCACAGGUACCACUACCACAGAACUUCUCGGAAGCAUUUCUGCGACUCCUGACCAAUCAGCAAGCCCUCAUGACACGGAUGUCGGAGCAGUUGGCCUCUACACAGCAGGCCAUCAAGAGUUUGUCCAGGGACGAAACCGUGCUAGACUCUUUAUCGAGCAACAUGGCGGAGUUCGCCUACGAUAAGGUCAGUGGACACACCUUUGACGCAUGGUUUUCCCGCUACAGUGACCUGUUUGAACGCGACGCAACCAAGCUGGACGAUGCGGCGAAAGUGCGGCUCCUCCUAAGAAAAUUGAGCCCACCAGACCACGAACGCUACCAUAGCUUCAUUCUUCCCAGGACGUCACGGGACUUCACGUUCGAUGAGACAGUAAGCAAACUCAAAGCACUUUUCGGUGCUACUGUCUCAACUUUCCGUCGGCGUUAUAACUGUUUCCAGACAACGAAAGACCCUGGAGAAGAUUACCUGGCCUAUUCAUGCAGGGUCAACAAGGCAUGCGUCGAUUUUAAACUCUCCGAGCUAACCGAGGAGCAGUUUAAAUGUCUUACCUUCGUCUGUGGUCUAAAGUCAAAUCAGGAUGCGGAAAUUAGGAUGCGGUUGAUCAACAAGCUCAACGAAUCUGCCGACCUCACCCUGGAGCAGGUCGUAGAGCAAUGCAACAGUUUGGUAAACCUGAAGCAGGAUACGGUACUGGUGGAGUCGACAUCCUCGGUGGUGAAUAUGGUGACCAGACCGCCAAAGGCUAAGCAACCGUUUCACCAAUCCAGAAGCAGCAGUCCACACCGUGAGCAACCAAAAACUCCCUGUUGGUCGUGCGGUGGGAUGCACUUCAAUAAAGACUGUCGGUUCCAUGAUCACAAGUGCCAGUCUUGCGGCAAAGUUGGUCACCGUGAAGGCUAUUGCGCUUGUUUCUCUAAGUCCACGCAACACAACAAGAGCAACAGCGGUGCGAAGAACACGAGGAAAGAGAAAAAGCGCAAAACAUCAACAAAAACACUGGCCGUACACAAAGUUGGAGCUGGAAGAAAAUUUGUGGAUGUAAACAUCAACAACGUCCCUCUUCGACUGCAACUGGACACCGGGUCGGAUAUUUCGAUCCUAUCGCAUCGAUCUUGGGUCAAACUAGGAAAACCCAAACUGUGUUCAGCAAGAUGUCGGGCCAAAACAGCUUCUGGCGAGCCGCUAGAUCUCACGGCGGAACUGCAGUGCCAAAUCACCAUCAACGGCUGCACAAAAAGCGGGAUUGACUGGCUGGAAUUGUUUAAUUUGUGGGACCGCCCAAUCAGUGCCCUAUGCAACAAAGUUGACGCUCUAUCUACGCCAAGUGUGUCGGCUUUGCAAGCACGGUUCCCCGAAGUGUUUACCUCCGUAAUGGGCCUCUGCAACAAAUCGCCUGUUCGGUUGGUACUCAAAGGCAAUCCCAAACCGAUCUUUCGCCCGAAACGACCAGUUGCGUACAGCAUGGAGGCAUUGGUGGAAGACGAGCUCCAUCGCCUGCAGGAGCUAGAAAUCAUCAAGCCGGUAAACUUUUCUGAUUGGGCCGCUCCUAUCGUGGUGGUCCGGAAGCCGAACGGAUCCGUACGGAUAUGCGCCGAUUUUUCGACUGGCUUGAACGAUGUUCUCGAGCCAAACCAAUAUCCACUGCCCUUACCCGAGGAUAUUUUUGCUCGGAUGUCCGGAUGUCGAUUCUACAGUCAUAUCGACUUAUCCGAUGCCUACCUUCAGGUGUUGGUGGAUGAGGAUAGUCAACCACUGCUAACUAUAAACACCCACAAAGGCCUAUUUCAAUUCACCAGACUUUUACCGGGAAUCAAGGCGGCCCCCGGUGCAUUUCAACAGCUGAUCGACACUAUGCUAGCCGAUCUUCGUUACGCUAUCGGCUACUUAGACGACAUCUUAGUGGGUGGCCGAACUGAGCAGGAACUCCAAACCAACGUUGAUCUGGUCCUCCAGCGGAUGAAAAGUUUUGGAUUCACGGUCCGCAUAGAAAAAUGCUCUUUCUUCAUGCGGGAAGUGAAAUAUCUCGGCCAGAUUCUGGAUGGCAACGGCAUACGCCCAGAUCCAGACAAGAUAGCACCCAUCGUGAACAUGCCGCCCCCACACGACGUCCCAACACUGCGUUCGUACCUGGGCGCGGUAAACUAUUACGGCAAAUACGUCAAAGAAAUGCGCCAACUUCGACAUCCGAUGGACCAGUUGCUGAAAAGUGGCACCAAGUUUGUUUGGUCGAAAGCAUGUCAGGCUUCUUUCGAUCGAUUUCGUGAGAUUCUAAAAUCACCGCUUUUGUUGACGCAUUACAACCCCAAGUUGGAACUCAUCGUGUCGGCAGAUGCUUCGAACGUUGGAAUUGGAGGCCGAAUUGCCCAUCGUUUCCCUGACGGCACUAUCAGAGCUAUUUGCCACGUAUCCCGCAGUCUGACUGCGGCUGAAAGUAACUACAGCCAGAUAGAAAAGGAAGGAUUGUCCUUGGUGUUCGCGGUGACUCGAUUCCACCGCAUGGUUUUUGGUCGACGGUUCAUUCUUGAAACCGAUCAUAAACCCUUAUUAUCGAUCUUCGGUUCCCGGAAAGGCAUUCCCGUCUAUACAGCCAACCGGCUACAAAGAUGGGCCUUAACGUUGCUGCUGUACGAUUUUGAAAUCCGUUACAUUUCUACGGAUUCUUUUGGUCACGCUGAUGUUUUAUCACGCCUAAUCAACCGGCAUGUUCGGCCAGAAGAAGAUUUCGUCGUUGCUUCCCUGGAACUGGAGCACAUCGUCAGGAGUGUCAUGAACCAAACGCUUUCUGCUUUACCCUUAUCAUUCAAGGCGGUGAAGACAGAAACCCACAACGAUGACAUUCUUCAACAAAUUACUCGUUUCGUCGAUUCUGGAUGGCCCUCCAAACAGUCGACUAUCGUCAACAGUGACAUCCAGAAAUUUUAUCAGCGACGCGAUGGUCUUUCCAUGGUUGCUGGUUGCCUAAUGUAUGGUGAACGGCUAGUAAUCCCCGCCAAAUUCCAAAAGCAAGUGUUGCAGCAGCUGCACAAAGGGCAUCCAGGAAUCGAGCGAAUGCGGUCCAUCGCUCGCCAGUACGUCUACUGGCCUCUAAUCGACGAAGAUAUCUCCAAGCUUGUACGGGCCUGCAGCGAAUGUGCCAGUGUCGCCAAAACGGAACGCAAAGUCAACCUUGAAUCCUGGCCGACACCAGAAAAACCUUGGCAGCGGGUGCAUGUGGACUAUGCCGGUCCCCUAGAUGGUAACUACUAUCUGAUUAUCGUCGAUUCGUUCUCCAAGUGGCCAGAAGUUAUCCGCACGCAAGCUAUUACAUCCAGUGCUACCAUGCGAAUGCUUCGAGGAGUUUUCGCAAGAUUUGGAGCGCCAGAAACAUUGGUCUCAGACAAUGGCACCCAGUUCACCAGCGAGCAGUUCCAACGAUUUUGCGAAACGAAUUCCAUCACGCAUCUGAGAACUGCACCGUUUCAUCCCCAAUCGAACGGCCUUGCUGAAAGGUUCGUCGAUACUUUCAAGAGGUCCCUCAAGAAAAUCAGCGCAGGGGGAGAAGCCUUAGACGAAGCCAUCGACACAUUUUUGCUCUGCUAUCGGUCGACACCCUGUCGCAGCGCACCUGAUGGGAAAUCUCCGGCAGAAGUCCUUCUAGGUAGACCGAUCCGAACAUCACUGGACCUCUUGCGCCCUCCAUCAGCUGUUUUCCCGAACGAAAGUGGCCAAGACGAGCAAUUCAACCGGAAACACGGAGCCAAGCCGAGAAAUUAUGUACCACAAGACCUCGUUUGGGCUAAAGUAUUCCGGAACAACAAAUACUCUUGGGAACCGGGCCGUGUUCUCGAGCGUAUAGGAAAGGUGAUGUACAACAUUUGGUUGCCAGGCCUAGCUAUUUUGAUCCGUUCCCAUUGCAACCAACUACGUAUCAGGCAUGAAGCGGAAGGCCAGCAAUCAACUUCUUCUGAAUCCCAACUACCGCAAGUCCCUCUGAACAUUCUGCUAGAUAGCUGGGGACUUGGUAACAGCAAUCCUUCAUCGGAACACGUCGCGGCAUCAACUUGGAGUCUGCCACAAGAACUCCUGACGGAUUUGCAGCCGCAGCCUCCGCCACGCCGCCACCGUUCUACCCUUAGACGUGAUCAACCAACGGUUUCUCUUCGCACAUCUUCGCGAGCUCGAAGGCAGCCUGUGAGCCUGACAGAUGCCGCAGCUCCGUAA